AUGAAAGCAGUUAUGUCUGAGGAUUUCAAGGAGCGUACAGAGGAAACUUAUGACAUCUAUCUGUUACCACCAGGAGAGGAUCCUGAAGCAUGCCAAUCAUAUCUCAGAAUGAGAAACCGGGAUGGAAAAUAUAAUCUCAUGUUUGAGGAAUGGGUUACAGAUCGUCCAUUUAUUAUAUCACCUAGAAUAACUUUUGAAGUCAGUGUUCGCCUUCUCGGAGGAUUAAUGGCAUUAGGUUAUACCAUUGCAACAAUCUUGAAACGAAAGAGUCAUAUCUUUGCUGAUGAGAAGGUUAUUGUAAAGACUGAUUGGUUGGAACAACUGAACCGGACAUAUGUUCAGGUAGUAUCUGCUUCUCUUGCUAUCUGUAAAAGCUUAAACUGUCUUUUAGGUUGGUAUUACGAAACUAGUAAUCAAUUUUUUUCCAUUUAA